UCCCAGCCCCGCGGCUCCUCCCUUCGCACAACAGGUCUGUGCAGAGCCCAGUGAGUCACUGCAGACACAAGGUGCGGCUCCUGGACUUCUUGUAGUCAGUUUAGUCUGGGAGAAGUGCACAAUCCCGAGCCUAGCACUGAGUGCGGACACUGCGCUGAAAGGAAACCACACAGACCUGCGUCAUGUUUAAGUGCGGCAUUGCCUACCCCAGGUGCAAAUGGAUCCUGCCAUUACUACUGCUCUGCGCCCUGAUCUUCGACAUCAUAGCCCUGGCAGGCAACGGAUGGGUGGAGACGGACAGCGGCCGGAUUUAUGCCUCUUUGUGGCAGAACUGUGUGUCCGCGGGGGGUAACAACUAUUCGUGCAAAUCUCUAAUGGAUUUCGCAUGGGGCAAGGCAACAGCUGCACUUCUGAUAAUCGGUUUUAUCAUCCUGAUCAUUUGCUUCCUCCUCUCCUUUGUUGCACUGUGCUCACCACGAAUCUCUUUGCUGAGGGUAAUUGGAGGUCUUCUCAUUCUGGCUGUUAUUUUGCAGGUGAUUGCACUGGUUAUCUACCCUUCCAUGUACACAAAUGAUGUGGCCCUUGGAUCAGAAAACUAUCUCUACAGCUGGACCUAUGGCUUUGGAUGGGGAAGUACAAUUAUUAUGUUCGGUUGUGCAAUAUUCUUCUGCUGUCUGCCCAACUAUGAAGAUGAAUUGCUGGGCAAUGUGAAGACCAAAUAUUUCUACACAUCAUCUUAAAUCUAAGGACACUAUUUAGACUUCUAGACAAGGAGCAAGAGACUAAACGUUUAAUUUUUCUUUUUUGUUGUUGUAAUAAAACAUACAAUGUUGCCAUUCUACUGAGCUGCUUUUCCGCCCUCGCUUUUGCCCUAGGGUGUCUUUGCUAUGCUUUUCAUCCUAAAACAAUGUUCUCUUUGCAACAUGUUUUACAUUUUAACAAAUGCCUUUUCUUUAACUGGUAUUUUUAUAGAUUUCAUAAAAGAAAAUAAUUGGCUGGAAACCUAAUAAUAGACUGGUCUUGGCAUGUAUCUAUAGUAUAAUGCAGAAAUAUAAAGUCACUAAUGUGUACAUUAUACAUUAAAGCUGUAGUCUUAACACACAGAACGAAUGUUAUUAAUAUGUACAAUAUUAAUAUGUAUUUUAAAGCUAUAGUAAAUGUAUUUUGGACUCCGUUUUGAUGCCCUGUUUAUUUGUAAAUUUAAAGUACUGUGUAGUAAUGCUUGCCAAGACAUUGUUACUGUUAUUUUAGGUGCAUAUUAUGUCCACAGUUUUUAAAUGUAUUGUAAUAUACAUAUAUAUUUUUUUUUGUUUAUUAUAAGAAUGACUCUGUAAAAUAUAU